GUAACCCGGAAGGGGAAUCUUUUCCUGGUUGUUGUGUUGAUAUUUUCAAGCUGCUGCUGUUUCUGUGGCCAAGGGAACCGUCGGGAAGGAUGGUGUGCGAAAAAUGUGAAAAGAAACUUGGCACUGUUAUCACUCCAGACACGUGGAAAGACGGUGCAAGGAAUACCACAGAAAGUGGUGGAAGAAAGCUGAAUGAAAAUAAAGCUUUGACUUCAAAAAAAGCAAGAUUCGAUCCGUAUGGAAAGAACAAGUUCUCCACUUGCAGAAUUUGUAAAAGUUCUGUGCACCAGCCGGGCUCUCAUUACUGCCAGGGCUGUGCCUACAAAAAGGGCAUCUGUGCAAUGUGUGGAAAAAAGGUUUUGGAUACCAAAAACUACAAGCAAACGUCUGUGUAGAUGUGUCGAUGAUAUUUCUGGCUUUCUAUGUGAUUUUACUUUUUGCUUAGAAUUUCCAAGGCAUAACACAGAUGUUCAGGUUAAAAUUAACACAUUUUAAGACAGUGACUAUUAAACUGUUGAUUAGUUGAUAAGUAUUCUUUUUUUUUUUUAUGCUUUCAGGAAGUUCUAAACAACAGUGUAACUAGUUUUCUGCCUUAGUUCUUUUCCUCACAAGCAUCUUGUUGAACUAGCAUAAGUGGAAAAUUGAAUGAAAAAUAUUUUCCCAGUUCUGUAUAUGCUUUUUAUUGAUCAUUAUUUGUAUAAUUCUUUUCCUCACCCUCUACUUUAUUUAUAGAUAUCACAGAAGAGAGAAGGAGAUUACUGAUGGAUGUUUUGCUCUGAAUUUUACAUCAGACUUGUCAUUUCCCUCAUUCCCUUCUUGGUUGCAUGGUUCUUUGAGCAGUCUCUUUAUUAAUUGUAGGUUCAUAGGGCAUUGAAAUAUCCAAGACCAUUAUUGCUGAAUGGUUCCUUAGUAAUUAGCCCAGACCCCAAUCACAAGUUUGUAUUAUGAUACUUUUUAUUUAUUCUUUAUGCCAAAGUGCAGUUUCUUUCCUAUGAGAAUACAAGGGUCAGCCCAUGUAUGUCCAAAUGAACGCACUGAAUUUCAGAAAAAGACAGGUUGUGCACAUUACCUUGAAUUCGAAUGUUCACAAAAGCCAAAACAGUGUUCAUCCAUGGUAAUGUGUAACAAAUGAGUGACUACUCUUUUUGGAAGGCUCCUUGAAGCAAAAUCCAAACUUUUUUUUUUUUUACCUUCCAUCCCAACCCCCCAAAAUAAAUAGAACAAAACCAACAUUUUGACUCUUCUAUAUAUAUAUAUAUAACAUAGACUGCUAAGACUACUUUGAGGUUCAAAGUAUUUUUCUUGUGCUGCCUUCAGAAGUUUUGGACUUCUGCUUUUGAAGCCUGCAGCCUGUUAUGAGAAACCAAAAACAUAUUCCUUAUCGCCAAGUGUGGUAUGUGAACAUACAUAUCACUAUAAAAUAUGCAAGAGAGAUAACAUGAUACACAUGGUGAAGAUACUACAUUUCUGUUUGCUUUAAAAUUAUUAUGGAAAAUAUUUAAAAUUUUAACCUUAAUUUAUCUGUAAGUUUUUUUAAAAUAGUGUUUUUCUAGGAUACGUUGUUAUUCUUAUCCAGAAGAAUCACAAAGAUGAUGCAAAAUAUAAUAAAAAAGCUCUGAAAGCAAGAA